AUGGAGCUGGGUCUGUCUCCGCUUCAUCUCAGCAGCUCCCCAGAAGACCUGUACCUGGCCUCUGGGACCCCUCCUGAGACUCCCCCACCUCUCGAUGCCCCUCUGUCUGGGGAGGUGAAGAGGUCCCAGCCUCUGCCCAUUCCAACUGGCAGGAAACUUCUUCGAGAGGAGGAGCUGCAGUCAACCUCUCUGCCCUCCAUCCCCAACCCCUUCCCUGAGCUCUGCAGUCCUUCUUCACAAAGCCCCAUUCUUGGGGGAUCCUCCAGUGCAAGGGGGCUGCUCCCUCGAGACACGAGCUGCCCCCAUGUCAUAAAGGUGUACAGUGAAGACGGGACCUGCCGCUCAGUGGAGGUGGCGGUGGGCGCCACGGCUCGCUACGUGUGUGAGAUGCUGGUGCACCGAUCUCACUCCCUGAGUGACGAGAACUGGGGGCUGGUGGAGUGCCACCCCUACCUAGCACUGGAGCGGGCCUUGGAGGACCAUGAGUCAGUGGCAGAAGUGCAGGCUGCCUGGCCCAUUGGUGGAGACAGCCGCAUCGUCUUCCGGAAGAACUUUGCCAAAUACGAACUGUUCAAGAGCACUCCACACUCCCUAUUCCCAGAAAAGAUGGUCUCUAGCUGUCUGGAUGCACAUACAGGCAUAUCCCAUGAGGACAUCAUUCAGAACUUCCUGAAUGCAGGCAGCUUCCCAGAGAUCCAGGGCUUCCUGCAGCUCCGGGGGUCAGGGCGCAAGCUUUGGAAACGUUUUUUUUGCUUCCUGCGUCGCUCUGGCCUGUAUUACUCCACCAAGGGCACUUCCAAGGAUCCGAGGCACCUGCAGUACGUAGCAGAUGUGAACGAGUCCAAUGUGUUCGUGGUGACCCAGGGCCGCAAGCUCUACGGGAUGCCCACAGACUUUGGCUUCUGUAUCAAGCCAAACAAGCUUCGAAAUGGCCACAAGGGGCUUCGCCUCUUCUGCACUGAGGAUGAGCAGAGCCGCAGCUGCUGGUUGGCCGCCUUCCGCCUCUUCAAGUUUGGGGUACAGCUGUAUAAGAAUUACCAGCAGACACUGUGCCGCCACCUGUGCCCACCCUCUGGGGGCUCCCCACCCUUGAGGAGUGUCUCAGACAACACCCUGGUGGCCAUGGACUUCUCCGGCCAUGCCGGGCGUGUCAUUGAGAACCCCCGGGAAGCUCUGAGCGCCGCCCUGGAGGAGGCCCAGGCCUGGCGGAAGAAGACGAACCACCGUCUCAGCCUGCCCACCCCCAGCUCGGGCACUAGCCUCAGUGCAGCCAUCCACCGCACCCAACCCUGGUUCCAUGGACGCAUUUCUCGCGAGGAGAGCCAGCGGCUCAUCAGGCAGCAGGGCCUUGUUGAUGGCCUGUUCCUGGUCCGAGAGAGUCAGCGGAACCCACAGGGCUUUGUACUGUCUCUGUGCCACAUGCAGAAAGUCAAGCAUUACCUUAUCCUGCCGAACGAGGAGGAGGGGCGCCUGUACUUCAGCAUGGACGAGGGCCAGACCCGCUUCACCGACCUGCUGCAGCUCGUGGAGUUCCACCAGCUGAACCGCGGCAUCCUGCCCUGCCUGCUGCGCCACUGCUGCACCCGCGUGGCCCUCUGA